ACAAUAUGUAGUCCAAGGGCAUCAACAAAGAAAGCUUAGAUGCGAAGGAACUUCCCCCACUCAAAUUACAAAACCCUAAAAAUAUAGUAGUAGUAGUAGUAAAAACAAAAAGAACGAACGAGAGAAGAAAAUAAAACUAAAACUCUCUAUUUCCCCCUUUCCUGCCUUCAUCUUCCUUCUCUCUUUUCCUUUCAUUUCCUUUCUUUUUAUUGGGGCUCUGGUAUUCUAUUCCCCUCCUCUCUUUACUGUGAUUCCUCCACCACAUAUUUCCAAAAAAAUUCAUCAACCUUUUACAAAAGAGAUAAAGAUCAAAGAGAUCAAAGAAAGAAACCAUGAGUUUCUCAUCUUUUCCAGUCUAUCUAGAUCAUCCCAAUUUGCAACAGUUACAGCAGCUAGAUCACAAUCAACAAGGAAACCCUGGGCUCGAAAAUUCCCAGCUUCCAACAGCAGUCCCGCCUGCUCAUGUGGGUGGGAGUCCAGGCUCGAUCAGGCCUGGUUCCAUGGUUGAUCGAGCCCGAUUAGCAAAGAUUCCACUGCCGGAAGCUGGACUAAAGUGCCCGAGGUGUGAUUCCUCGAACACUAAGCUCUGCUACUUCAAUAAUUAUAACCUUGCACAGCCCAGACACUUCUGUAAGAGUUGUCGUCGUUACUGGACUAGAGGGGGUGCUCUGAGGAGCGUCCCGGUGGGAGGAGGAUGCCGAAGAAACAAGAGAAGCAAAAGCACUAACAACAGCUCAAAGACCGCUGGCGGUAACAACACUGCGGAGAGACAAAUAGGUACUACUUCCACUUCAACUAGUGCAAGUCCUUCAAGCUGCAGCAAAGAAAUUACUGGCCAACACUUUUCACAGUCAUCCACACAUUUAACUCCUCUCAUGGCUGCCUUCCAAAACCUAAAUCAUCAAUACGGAGGAUUUCAGCCUCCUCCUUUGGUUUCUACACAAAACAAUGGGGGACUUGGUCAUGAAAUGGGAUUCCAAAUAGGGAAUAGUACUAACAAUUUACAAGCAGCCACUGGAGGAUCUGAUCAUCAUCAGUGGAGAUUGCCAUCUUUGGCAGCCACAAAUUUAUACCCUUUUCAAGGUGAAGGAAUUGAAGCAACACCAUCUGGGAUUUCUCAUCAAGAUUCAGUAGUGAGAAUGGAAGAAAAUAAUCAAGGGUUAAAUUCCACAAAACAGUUUUUGGGAACUAUGGAGAAUAAUCAAUAUUGGGGUGGAAAUGCAUGGACAGGGUUUUCUGGUCUCAACUCCUCUUCAGCUGGCCAUCUCCUUUGAUUUCAUGUAAGCUUGAAACUUGAAGCUUCUACCCUUCUUUUCAAUCUUAAGUCAAUGUCUACUUCAUUAAAAAGAAGAGAUGCAUGGGUAGCUAGGUUGUGUGGAUUGGUCUAAAUUAAACAUAUAUAUAUUGCAUAUUUGAAUCUUUUUUUUGUCUGUUUGUUUCAGUGGACACUUGUAAUUUUUUGGAGAUUCUUUAACAAGGUUUGUGAAGUCGUUUGUAAGUUCGGAUUCUGACAUUAUAAUCUGUUUCCAUCAAGUAGUAUUGUGAUAAUAUUUAGUAACUCAUUUGA